AUGGAGACGGCUCUUGCAUACCUGUUCGCGAUAUGGAUCAAUGCGUUGCUGCAUGGCAUAUACCUCACUCUGUUUUUCUACUGGCUCUCGAUGCCCAAGGACAAUGGCCUGGCUCUGUACUUCACCGUGACAUCAUGGCUUGUCUUCGUAUUUACCAACAUCGACGCGGCGCGCUGCCUCAUCAUGCUCAUCCAGGGAUUUUGGCAAAGUCUGGAUGGUGAGGGUCCACAGGGAUUCUUCAAUUCGUCAGCUGGAUGGCAGUUUACCUUGCAGGAGUUUAACUACCUCCUGCUCAUCCUCGUCUGCGAUGCACUCAUGGUCUACAGAGUAUGGAGGUUAUAUGGAAGCAGUCGGUGGAUUGUCACCUUUCCUGUAGUGCUUCUCAUCGCGGAGACUGUGCUACGCUUUGUUGGAGAUACCUAUCUGGCGCUGUCGAUCAUGGCCCCCUUCCAAGAGACGAUCGCUGCUUCCCUUGGCACCAACACAGCUGUACAGGUUGUCAUUACGAUCCUUUUGGGAUAUCGACUAUUGUUCACGGAAGACCUUCGACUACUACCUCCCGAGCAGCGCUCACGCCGAUUUCGUCUCACUCGUGCCAUUGUCGAGAGCGGGUUAAUCAUUUCGGUCUGCCUGAUCUUCAACCUCGCCUUCUUUGCGAACGGCCAAGUCAUUCAUUGGGCAUUCAACUUGUCGAUUCCCCACCUUUACGCGAUAACUAGCGUCGCCAUUGUCGUCCGCCUACGCGUCGCGCAAAAGAGGCAGAAGGAGUGGGACACGGUCCUCCAUACUGUGGGUCAUUCCUCUGGUACCGGGUACCGCAGGUCAGCCGUCGCAGUACGAGCGCUUCAGCAAACCAGCGUGCAUGAAGAGGACGAGUCGGAAGUCGGAAAACCGUACCCAAGUCGGAUCCGAACGGGCAGUGGAGAAAGCCUCGAACUGGGCGAAAGGCCGUUUGGAGGGCGGAAAGGCACCACCGACUUUGGGACGCUUCGUGAUGGUAUCUUUGUGCACACGGAAGAAACCCGUGAUUCGGAUUCUUAG